CAACUAUACCGGCAUCUGUCAGAAUCAAAAUUCCCUUUUUAGAUUUGAUUUCUUCCCAUAAACAUCUUAACUAAACAACCCUUAUUUCAUAUUUUUUUCACAAACAUAAUUUUCUAAAACCCAACAAAAAAAUCAUGGCCACUAAAACCACCUUUAUCUACAUUUUCUCUCUCCUAAUCCUUCUUAUCUCCGGCAUCUCAGCCGCCCGUGAUUUAAUCUCCGAUGAAAACAACGAAGUGGGUGUGGUGGGUCACUCUUAUCUUCGUCUUCCAACGAUGAAAUCAGUGUUUUCUUCAUCUGAGAUUUGUGAGCAAAGUUAUGGGUUUUUACCAUGUACUACAACUGUACUGGGAAACAUGUUCUUGAUUUUGGUUUAUGGGUAUUUGAUGUAUACUGCUGCUACUUAUUUGUCCUAUGGAAGUGAACUUUUGUUGGAGAUUUUAGGUCCUGGUAUUAUUGGUGGUCUUUUUCUUCCCAUUCUUGGUGCUCUUCCUGAUGCAAUGCUCAUCAUGGUAUCUGGGCUUUCUGGAAGCCCUGCAGUUGCUCAACAGCAGGUUUCGGUUGGAAUGGGGUUGCUUGCUGGUUCCACAGUCAUGCUUAUUACAGUAAUAUGGGGAACUUGUGUUUUGGUUGGCAAGUGUGAUAUCGAAGGUUCACUUGCAGUCGAUGAAAGAGACACGAAAGGAUUUAAUUUACGCGAUUCUGGUGUUUCUACUGAUAUAUGGACAAGUUAUGCUGCAAGGAUCAUGGCUAUCUCUGUAUUACCAUUUCUUGUUGUCCAAUUGCCACAAGCUUUCAGUUCAAAUUCAGGAAGACACAUGGCAGUGCUGAUUGCCCUCAUAAUCUCUGUUCUUAUGCUGAUUAGCUAUUGUGUUUACCAGGUUUUCCAACCUUGGAUCCAAGUGAGGAAGCUUCAGUAUGUGAAGCAUAGGCGUGUGAUGACAGGAUUUCUUAAACAUUUGAAAAAGAAAAGUUUUGGGAAACUUUGCAAUGAUGAUGGCGGUUUAAACACGGCUGUUAUAGAUAAGAUUUUCCAAGCAGUUGAUCAGGACAAUGAUGGCUACCUCUCAAAAGGGGAACUUACAGCUUUUGUUGUUGGAAUGCAUAUUGAUGGGAUGAGCGUGGCCGAAGAUGAUGUUGUACAGAAACUAAUGAAGGAAUUUGAUACAGAAACCUUGGAUGGGAGGCUUGAUCGUGUUGAGUUCUCGCAGGGAAUCUCAAAGUUGCUUAGCCUUGUAAGAGGUGACAAGGUUUCUCAUCAUAAUGCUGACACUCUAAAACAUAUAGAUUCGUAUGACGAGGAGGCAAAAGUAGAGCAUCGUCUGUUGGGUGAUUCUGGUGAUGAGGCUGGUGAAGUAAUUGAAAACCCCAAGGCAACCACCAUUAAGGCAGUAUUAUUCCUUGUGCUUGGGACUAUAAUUGCCGCUGUCUUUGCAGAUCCACUAGUAGAUGCUGUAAACAAUUUCUCCGAUGCAACCAGCAUUCCUUCCUUCUUCAUCUCGUUUAUUGCCCUACCCCUAGCAACAAACUCCAGUGAAGCUGUGUCAGCUAUCAUCUUCGCCACCAGGAAGAAGACAAAAUCUGCAUCACUGACAUUUUCUGAGCUAUAUGGAGCAGUGACCAUGAACAACGUACUCUGUCUUUCUGUGUUUUUGGCUUUAGUGUAUGUAAGAGGGUUGUCUUGGGAUUUUUCCUCUGAAGUACUCGUCAUUUUCCUCGUUUGCGUCAUAAUGGGUGCUCUCGGCAGCUUCCGCACUACAUUUCCUCUUUGGACAACAAUCGUGGCUUUCCUUCUCUACCCAUUAUCACUGGUGCUUGUUUAUGUCCUUGACUACAUCUUUGGUUGGUCAUAAAUCUAUCGCUUAUCCUAAACAAUAGUCAAUAGGACUUUGCAUUCUCUGUGACACACAUACAUGAUUUUCUGAUUGUAAGUGUUUCUUUUCUCUCUAUUCUCACCCCUGCCCCUUCCUCUCAUGUUGAGUGCUUGUGCUGGCCUAUACAUGUAUAUUGCACAGAGUGGAGCAGUUUUCUUCUAUGCAUCCAAUCACUUAUGUGCUUCAUAUAUGUCUGUAUCUUUUAAAUAACCUUUAUCUGGAUCAAUAGUGUUUUCUAAAUCUAUCUCCAAUUAAUAUUUUCUGAAA